AUGGCUGCAUCAAGAAACAAGAAAUGGUUGAAGCAAGAUGAAGACUUGGAAGAAGGUUUCUCUGAACUUGAAGCCGUUCUUUUAGCGGGCGGCUUAUACUGGUUUGUUUGCAUUCUUGGCUCGGCCGAGCAAAAGGGCAAGCAUGCCGUUCAGCUUUCCGGCGGCUCAAUCGCCAAAGAAAACGUUCAAGAUAAUUACCAGCAGUACUGGUCGUUUUUCCGGAGACCCAAAGAAAUCGAGAAGGCAGAAAAGGUGCCUGCUUUUGUGGAUACAUUUUAUAAUCUGGUAACAGAUAUUUAUGAAUGGGGCUGGGGUCAGUCUUUUCAUUUUUCUCCUUCCAUUCCUGGGAAAUCGCAUCGGGAGGCUACUCGUAUACACGAGGAGAUGGCGGUGGAUCUGUUGAAUGUAAAGCCUGGAGCUCGAAUUCUUGAUGCGGGUUGUGGAGUAGGUGGCCCGAUGCGGGCUAUUGCAGCCCACUCGGGAGCUAAUGUAGUUGGGAUUACCAUAAAUGAGUAUCAGGUGAAUCGGGCCCGGACUCACAACAAGAAGGCCGGUCUUGAUAAGCAAUGUGAGUUGGUGUGUGGUAAUUUCCUCCAGAUGCCUUUUGGCGACAAUAGUUUUGACGGGGCUUAUUCAAUUGAGGCAACGUGCCAUGCCCCAAAAUUGGAGGAAGUGUACAGUGAGAUCUAUAGGGUUUUGAAACCUGGAUCUUUAUAUGUAUCUUAUGAAUGGGUGACAACUGAAUUGUACAGUGGAGAAGACCCGGAGCACGUGGAGGUCAUCCAGGGGAUUGAGAGAGGAGAUGCCUUACCAGGUCUUAGGAGUUACAAGGACAUUGCUCAAGUUGCAAAGAAAGUUGGGUUUGAAGUGAUUGAGGAAAAGGAUUUGGCUAAACCACCGUCAAACCCGUGGUGGACAAGGCUGAAGAUGGGGAGGAUUGCCUAUUGGAGGAACCAUAUUUUAGUCACAGUGCUUGCGUGGCUGGGGAUUGCACCAAAAGGUGUUGUGGAUGUGCACGAGAUGCUUUUCGUGACUGCAGAUUACCUGACCAGAGGUGGUGAGACUGGGAUUUUCACUCCUAUGCAUAUGAUUCUCUGCAGGAAGCCCGAUAGUAAGUCUGUUUCUAGUUCGGAUUAA